AAUUUUUAUCAUCAGUCUCACCACUGAUAGGACUUGACUACGAAGAGUUUGUUCGUGGAUGUCACAUCGGUGUUUUUCCCAGUUACUACGAGCCGUGGGGUUAUACUCCUGCAGAAUGCACAGUAAUGGGUGUUCCUUCUGUGUCCACAAAUCUUUCGGGUUUCGGCUGUUUCAUCCAGGAUUAAUUGGUCAGAACAAAAUUAUGAGGGGAAGCAACCGCAAAACAAACAAAUUCACAGUAACACAGUGCCAAAAACUCUGCCUACAAACAGUCGUUGGCAGCUCUUGUUCUUUCGUAAAUACAGAUUUUUCUUUCUACUGCGUACGAGAUCCCUUUGGUAAAGUAGUUUCAAGGUGAGA